AUUGAGAGGAUAAAUAGGCACAGCCAAUUCGAUAUUAUACUCAACAGAGAAUAGGUAGGUAGCAAGGUUUUACAAGAAAUUUGGCAGUGAUAAUAGAAUGGCUUCCCUUACACUAAAGUGCUACUUUCUGGGCCUUCUAUGCUUGGUCUUCUUCGUCAACAUAGAGAAAGGUAGUGCAGGAGGAAAGGUAUGGGAAGCAGUGAUGGGGACAUGUUCACAGUUCAAAGAUUGCAAUAAGUACUGCAUCACCAAUGGCUUCCCUUUGGGCGGUUUUUGUAAAACCUUGAAUCCAACUGCUCCACCUUUCUGCUUAUGCAAAUAUACGUAGCCCUGCCCUUUUCUUUUUGUUUUAACUCUCAAUAUGAAUAAAAAUGUUAACACUAUGAAUUGUUUUUCCUUUAGAA